ACAGUGUAUCGGCUGAGUGUUGGCUGGAUACUCGCGCGGUGCUUGUGAAUGGCUCGCUGCGGCUGCUUUGCUGGGCUCUCUGAUCACUCAGUUCCGUGCUCAGUCUGCGCUCGCUGACCGUGCUGCCAUGCUGCGACUGCAAACCACAGCUGUCCACCCGUAAACCACCAGCUCUUACGCACCCCCCUGUCUACCCGCUCCCAUCACAACUCCCCCCACCCCCAUUUCUUCCCCAUUACAACCCUAAACCGCGGCAACCAGCAGCCACAAUGUCCAGGAGGAAACAGAGUAACCCCCGGCAGAUUAAACGUUCCGUCGAUGAAAUGGAGGAAGGUGAGGAGAAUCUAACUGAUGACAACAAUAUGUCUGAAAGAGAAGCAGCUGCUUCAGUCCACGAUGAAUCAGUGGACUGUGAUACAUCAAGUCCUUUUUAUAGUGAAGACCAAGGGUUGCAGGAUGCACCAAACAUGUCUGAAGAACAGGAAGUGAAAUGGUCAACAGUCAAGAGAAAGGAUUCUGAAAUGUGGCAUAUGCCAGACUUCCAGACAAUCCUUGUCAAAACUGGCACAAGGAUGUCUAACAUCUGACAGUUUAUCCCUGAAUAGUAAAAGAAAAUGCCUCUACAUUUAUCAUCAAUUGCUGCGAUCAACAAACUGAACCAUCUAAAGUACAGUCCUGCGUAUCUUGCCUUGAUCUGGCUCAUCAACACAUGAGGCCAUUUUAAAAAAAGCUUUAU